GCACGACCAGCGUUCUACAGUUCUAUGCCGCCUCCAUUUCCAUCAGAUAAUGCUAUGGUGGAUGGUGGUUUAUUAUUGAUAGCUCGUCUUCAUCAAUUGACGCGGAAAGCAGCACAGGAAGCAGAUGAUAGUGGGUUUCGCAUUGGUGUGAAGAAGGGCGCGGAAUGUAAUCAAAAUUGG